GUUCCCCCCCCCCUCAGUUCCUCAGGCGCCGCUAUGGGACCGAGAGGUCUUCUUCUCACCCUCCUGAGCGCCGGUCUGACUUUGGCCUUCGACACCGAAACGCCCAUCGUCUUCUCCGGCGACGCCGACGGCGCCUUCGGUGCCGCCGUUGGAGCCUUCGUCAGCAGCGACGGCGGAGGGGUGUUGGUGGGCGCUCCCCGGCACCGUCGCGGUGCCGACGGGAUGGGACGGAUCCAUUGGUGCCGACGGAGCUCCGGAACGUGCCGGGAGGUGCCGGUGGGCGGAGCCGAAGGCGCCGCCAACGCCUCCUUGGGGUUAACGAUGGCCGUCGGCGACCACGGAGCGUUGGUCUGUGGUCCCACUUUGUCCCAAACGUGUGGAGAGAACAUCUACGUCAGCGGUUUCUGUGUCCUCCUGGACACCGACUUCCAGGAGCUCCAACGCUUCCCGACCUUUCAACCCCAGUGUCCUCAACGUCCCUCCGAUAUCGUUUUCCUCAUCGACGGCUCCGGAAGUAUCAAAGCCGAAGAGUUCGUGAAGAUGAAGACCUUUGUGGUGGAGGUGAUGAAGCGUUUCAGAGGAACCGACACUCAGUUCGCCCUCACUCAGUUCUCCCACCUGGUUGUCCACCAUUUUGAUUUCCACGCUUUCCGCCGCUCCCGAGAUCCAACGCUUCUCCUGGCGGAGGUCCACCAGCUCGGAAGGACCACUCGGACGGCCACGGCCAUCGCCGAUGUCCUGACGAGGACCUUCACGGCGGCCGCGGGCGGCCGAGAAGAUGCGUUGAAGGUCCUCAUCGUCAUCACCGAUGGCCAAAAGUUCCGCGACGAUCGCCGCUACGAGGAUGUCAUUCCCUUGGCCGAAAAGAUGGACGUCACGCGCUACGCCAUCGGCAUCGGUCGUUCCUUCUCCACCCCUGAAGCCCUCCAAGAACUUCUCACCAUCUCCUCGAAGCCCUCUCAGGACUUCGUCUUCCGGGUGGACAACUUUGAGGCCCUCCAUGGCAUUCAGGAGCAGCUCCACCACAAGAUCUUCUCCGUCGAAGGGACGCGCCAGGUCCACGGCAGCUCCUUCCAGCUGGAGAUGAGUCAAGAGGGCUUCAGCGCCACCUUCGCUCCCGAAGGUCCUCUGGUGGGGGCGGUGGGCGCCUACGAUUGGGCCGGAGGGGCGUGGCUUUACGGCGCCGGCGGAGACCGCACUUGGCUCAACGUCUCCAACGGUGGUCACGACGUGGACAACUCCUACCUGGGUUUCGCGGUGGAGUCGUUGUCCGUCGACGGUCACCGGGCGGUGGCUUUGGGCGCCCCUCGCUACGGCCACCGCGGCCGUCUCGUCCUUCUCCAGCGCCGAGGAGACUCCUGGGACCUCCUCGGAGACGCCCUCGGGCCUCAGGUGGGCGGAGCCUUUGGGUCGUCCCUCUGCGCUGUGGACACGGACGGAGACGGUUCGGCCGAAGUCAUCCUGGUGGGAACCCCCUUCUUCUACGGAGGGGGCAGUGGUGGCCGUGUGGACCUCUGUGACCUCCACCCCGAGGCUCCUCGGCUUCGCUGUGGUCGUGUCCUCCGUGGAGCUCCUGGUCAUCUUCUGGGUGGCUUUGGUGCCACCGUGGCCAAAGUUGGGGACGUGGAUGGUGACCGUUGGCCCGAAGUGGCCAUCGGAGCACCUCUGGAGGACAACGAGAGCGGCGCCGUCUACAUCUUCAGAGGACGUUGGGAUGGAGUCCACCUCAACUACAUCCAGCGCAUCUCCGGCCACCGCUUCUCCGUCCGCCAUUUUGGCCGCGCCCUCAGCGGUGGACGGGACCUCACGGAGGACCUUCUUCCCGACGUGGCCGUGGGCGCUGAAGGUCGCGUUCUUCUCCUCAGGUCACGGCCGCGUCUUCGCGUGGCCGCAACGGUGACCUUUCAACCUCCAGAGGUCCUCGAGGCCACCGGGAGAUGUCCCCAAGAGGACACCACUCUACGGGAGGUGUCCAAAGUCCACAUCUGCUUCGAGGGCACCAAAGCCACCAAUGAUACCUACGGUUCCGAACUGUCCGUUUCACUUCCGUUCCGGGCGACGUUGGAUCCCGGUCGGGCAUCGUCGCGAGCGGUGUUCGUGGGGGUCGGGGGGACACUUAUUGGGACGGAACGAGUGGCGUUGGGACGACGGUGUCGGGUGGUGUCCGUCGCGGUGGUGGGUUGUCCGCGGGAGGUCACGACCCCUGUGAAGCUCCUCCUCAGCUACGGACAACGAGAGCCGCGGGACGGACAGACGGUCGUCAUCGUCCCCUCCGGACAGACGGACGUCAGCGCCACGCUGCGGCUCUCGAAGGGCUCCGCGAGAGAGUGCGAAACCGCUUUGAGGCCCUCUGUGACCCUCGGAGGGUCGUCUCCGCUGGUGGUGGGGGUGGAUGAGGCCCUGGAGGUCACCGUGGGGAUCCUCAACCGUUGCCACGACGACCGCGAGGCCACCGUGAGGCUCCUCCAUAGCUCCCACCUGGCCCUGCGCCGCGCCCGUCUGCUCCAGGCCUCCGGCAGCUCCGGAUCUCUGCGGUGUCGCUCGGAGGAGGCGAUGGGACGACAGCGCUCGACCGUCUGUCUGCUCGACCGCGACGGCUUCCGCGCCGGCACUGAGGCGACGUUUGCCCUCUCGCUGUCGGUGCCCCCCGAGGCCGAAGUGGGCACCGAGCUGGAGUUGGUGGCCACCGCCAGCAGUGGCCACUGGGGGCCGUUUGGUGGCCCGGAGCAACGAGCCCGGUGGCCGGUGCGCUACGGCGUCGCCCUGCUGCUCGCCAGUCCCCCCAACUCGACGACCUUCGUUCCCGCCCCCUCCGGGGUCCCCGCGGUCCCCCUCUCCCACCACUAUGAGCUGCAAAUUCGGGGUUCCCGGGGACCCCCCCUCAACGUCUCCUUCCGGAUCCCUUCGGCCGUGGGGGGGACCCCAAUCUGGGGGGACUUGGGGGUCACCCCCCAACAGCCCGAACUGGUGCAGUGCCGGGAGGGUCCUGAACACCCGGAGGACCCAAACGCUGAGCGCGAUCGAACCCCGUUGGACUGCGCUACGGCCGCUUGCCGCGAGCUGCUCUGCUCUGUACCGGCUUUGCAGCCUCCUCAAACUCUUGGCUUUAGGCUCGAGGGAUCCCUGACCCUGGGCUGGUUCCAGGGGCCCCGUAUCGUCCUGCAAAGCUCGGCCCUCGUGGCCUUCGACGAGGGGCGGUACAGGAACAGCGCGGGCAGCGGGCGGCUCGAGGUUCAGACGCUGUUGGAGCGCCCGGAGCCCCCUCAGCCUCUGCCCCACAUCCUGGGAGGGGCCGCGGUGGGGCUGCUGCUGCUGGGGCUGGGGGGGGCGGGGCUCUGGAGGGCCGGAUUCUUCCGCCGCCACUACCGGGAGCUGCUGGAGGGGGGGGCGCAGGGCGAACCCCAAGAAUGAGGGCGCC